GACACAGAGCAGAGGACGGCAAAGCAUCUCCUCUUCCAGACUCAGCAUCACAACAAAACAUCUGUGGACAGGAUUGGACUGCAAGCAGAGAUGCGGCCACGGUCCAGACUUCCCUCCAAGCAGACCCUCCUCUUGCCCACUAUCAGAGAGGGCACAGAGGAGGCAGUAAAGGAGCUCAAUGACACCAACGCAACCUACAGCCACAACUGCCCGGUCAGCUCCUCUGAGGACUACUUCCUGUCCAUAUGCCACCUGGCCCACCCCACAUUCCCAACACGGGAUAUCACAACCAAUGGCAACCACACGCAGGACGGCAAGAUCGGUUGCUAUGGACACUUUGACCCCCUGGAGCAUAUCUACGGGCAUCCCAACUGCAGCCUCCAAUGUGGGAGGCGACACAUGAGAUCGAAAGAGAGAACGAGGGCCCAUAGUAUUCCUAACACUUCCACUCCAGACCUGACCCAACAGCGCAAAAGCAGUUGCCCCGAGUUACGCAACACGACUCAAAAUGGAUGCUUACCAAAGAUGGACAUGACAGCAGUGAUGGAGGAGGAGAGGCAAGAUCCGAGCAUUAAACCAUCCCUCAUUUCGCAGUGGAUCUCGGACUGUAGAGUGGCAUGGAGAGAGGCGCGUGCCCGAGCCUGUCUGCUGCCUGCCAUAGCUGAAAUAUAGGGCAUUGUCAAUACAGAGAGUCCACAGAGGGGCAGGGUAACUCCAGGUUAUAGUGGAAUUAAAAGCUGUUUUCAUAGAGAGAAAUGAAAACCACAUAAGUCAUUAGUAUUUUAAUAAGAACAUUUCUUCAUAUUGUAGACACUGUUAUUGUAACUCAUAACAGACUCAUGAGAGCAGAAUGUAAAAUGAUACAACAACAAUAAAUAGUUUAAUUUCCUCAAGUUUAAUUUUUAAAGAAUAUAUCAGAGCCUGAAGCUACCCUGUGUCUGUCCUGUUAAGCACACCACAUAACUGUACAUGUGUUGAAAAUGCAGAUUAUUUAACGUUAUGUAUUGAAAUUUCAGUGUUCAUGUU